GUUCCCUGCUCUAUUAGACUAAGUCCACGAUACGUGGCAUGUUGAAUUAUAAUAGCACACUCAGAUUUCAACAAACACUAGCAAGUUAGCAACAUUUCAUAAACACAAACAUAUCCAAUAGUAGCCUGCAAUUAGAUAUUCGAAACUUAAUGAUUAUGGGAAGCACACGGCGGUUGGCUUGGUGGCUCCACCUGAUAUUGGCGGCAGCCGCGAUCUCCGCGGCACCGCAGACGAAUCUCAUCACAAAAGGGUGCAGCCAAUAUAAUGCUUCCAACGAGAGUGUUUUUUUUAACAACCUUAACGCCACCUUCUCGGAUCUCCGAAGCCAGCUGUCGGGUGGCAGGCGGUUUGGAACCGCCGAGCGCGAGGAGUCUCCUGACUCGAUUUAUUGUAUGGCCCAGUGCAGAAGCUAUAUGACAGUACCGGACUGCUUGGCUUGCUAUGACUUUGCUGUCUCUCAGAUUCGGAACUGCUCCACUGUUGGAGCUCGCCUUGUGUACGACGGUUGUUUCCUCAGGUACGAGAGCUACAACUUCUACGAGCAGACGAUAGAGAACACUAUAAUGUGCGGAGACAGAAGCGCACUGCAGGAGAAGGCAUUCACUGCCGCAGCACAGAAGCUAUUAACCGAUCUCGCAAUCGCGACGCCAAGAGCUAGCGCCUAUUCCACAGUCAGCAAGAGGGAGGUGUCUGACGACGGCCUCACCAUAUACGCAGCCGCGCAAUGUGCUGAAACAGUCACGCAAAGCGGGUGCCAGGGCUGCUUGAAUGCAGCAUACGAGAGCAUCAACAACUGCUUCCCGGCUGCUGAAGCAAGGCUUGCUGAUGCUGCCUGUUUCUUGAGAUAUUCCGACGCGCCCUUCUUCUCGGAUAAUCAGACAACUGAUAUCACCCCUUUAUUAGACGUAGGAGGGAAGUCCAGCAACGGAAAAGUUGUUGUAGGGGGAGUGGUUGGUGGUGUUGGUGGCCUUGUUAUAUUAGUUGGUUUUGUUGUAUGGUCUGCAAGUGCCAAAGCAGCUUGUGUUGUUCAUUUGCUGUCUAUUUUUCUUAUAGUUAGUAUGGGAAAUAAAAAGCAAUUUGUUUGUGUCAUUGUAGGUAAUAUUUUGGGAGCAACUGAGUUGCAAAGGCCAAAUGUGUACAGCUAUAAAGAGUUGAAAGCCGCAACCGACAAUUUUAGCGAUGAAAAAAAACUAGGGGAAGGCAGCUUUGGUGUUGUAUACAAGGCCAGCUUAAGAAAUGGGAACGUGGUGGCGGUGAAGAGGCUGGAUAUAAGUUACAGCAGAGCAAAGGCAGAUUUCGAGAGUGAAGGAAGACUGAUCAGCAAUGUUCAUCACCGCAAUCUUGUACGUCUCUUGGGAUGUUGUAGCAACGGAUCGCAACUGCUUCUCAUCUACGAGUACAUGGAAAACGGAAGCCUCGACACGUUCUUAUACGGUGAGAAGCGGGGAUCGUUGAGCUGGAAACAACGAUUCGAUAUGAUAUAUGGAAUAGCAAGGGGCAUCGCAUAUUUGCACGAGAAUUACCACGUUACUAUAAUACAUCGAGACAUCAAGCCCAGCAACAUUUUAGUGGACAGUGAAUUUGAAGCGAAGAUUGCUGAUUUUGGAUUGGCAAGGCUUCUACCGGAGAAUCUGAGCCAUGUCAUCACUAAAUUCGCGGGCACAUUGGGAUACACAGCACCGGAAUACGCGGUGCAUGGACAUUUAUCAGAGAAAGUCGACAUCUACAGCUUUGGAGUUGUAGUCCUCGAAAUCAUCAGUGGCCAAAGAUGCAGUGAUCUCCACACCAAUUCCAAUUCCAAUUCCAAUUCCAAUUCCAAUUCCAAUUCUAAUCCAACCUAUCUCCUAGAUGAGGCGUGGAAUCUAUACGAGUGUGGGAUGCAUCAGAAACUAGCGGACGGCAUGUUGGAUUCGAAGGAAUAUAGAGUGGAUGAAUUGAAGAAAAUGGUUGAAAUUGGUUUGAUUUGCACACAGUCGCCACCAUCUUCGAGGCCAAGCAUGUCCGAAAUUCUUGCAAUGAUGUUAAGCGAUGGUAAAGAGGAGAUGAGACUUCCACGUAGGCCUAAUUCCAUUAUUGAGGGACCAAAUGCUUCACUCUCAUCUGCCUCUAAUGCCACUCUAUCCUUCACCAACUUCACUGCCCGCUAGAUUUCUAAUUCCUCUAUUACCAAUACUGCACUCUAUUUCUCUACUUUUAAUAUAUAUAUAUAUAUAUAUAUAUAUAUAUAUAUCUAUUUCUCUACUAUCUCAUAAUAUAAGGAAUAUUUCUAAGUGAUAUGAAUAUCAGGAAGUGGAAUGCACUAUGCAUAAUCAUUUCUAAAAA